UAUGUUUCUUGGAACUCUCGUUUCGAUCUUUUAAUGUGGAGCAACUUAAAAACCUAGGUCCGCCUUUGAUGGAGAGGAGAGAUGGGCUAAGGGAGAAAAUGUGUUAAAGAAGUUACAUUGCUGCAUAAUAGGUGAGGUCAACUUGGAAACCUCAAUUAAUCUUCUAGCACAUGGAUCAUAAUUAAUGAACCUUUUUUCCUUAAACUUAUUGAUGCUAUCAUCCACUUAAGAAGUUAAGAUUGGCAACUAAUCUCUUUACUUUAAACAUAUAUAUCUUAGCCACUAUCACAAGGAAACUACUUAUAUUAAAUUUGGGACUUGAUGUCUGCUCUGUAACUACAUAAUUAAUUCAAAAGUCAAAUUAAUGCAUUAAAGUUUACAAACUGGACUGGUGAGAGUACUCCCAACACUUUGCAUAUAAGUGCAAGGGCUCUCUCUGUUUCAAUCAUAAAACAGAGAGCUAAAAUGGUCGAAUCAACGAUUCUUUCUCGAAAGAUCAUUAAGCCCUCCUCGUCAACCCCUUCUUCGUGUAGACGUCACAAUCUCUCUUUCAUUGAUCACAUUUCUACUCCUGCAUAUGCUCCAAUUGCAGCUUUCUACUCCAAGCCUGCAAAUUAUAACAUAAGCAAGAUAUCACAGAUAGUUGAAAACUCCCUUUCAAAAGUUUUAACCUCUUAUUAUCCCUUUUCUGGAAGAAUCGUGGAUAAUAAAUACGUCGAUUGCAAUGACACUGGUGCUCAGUAUUUAAAUGUACGAAUCAGUUGUCCAAUGUAUGAAGUUCUUAACAAUCCCUAUAAUGAUGCUGCAGAUGUCGUCUUCCCGCAAGAUUUGCCUUGGAGUAAUACCUUAGAUGGAAAUCUACUGGUGGCUCAAUUGAGCCAUUUUGUUUGUGGUGGAAUAGCAAUUAGUGUAUGUGUAUCACACAAAAUUGUUGAUGGAUACAGUCUUUCUAAAUUCCUUAAUGAUUGGGCUGCUACAUCUCGAAAUGAGUUGGAUUUCAAGCCAUCCGCUCAAUUUGAUGCGGCUUCUUUCUUCCCACUAAUGGAUGAUCCUCCAUUUGUACGUGAUUUUGUGCGUGAACCUCAACAAUGCUUGUCAAGAACGUAUAAUUUCUCAUCCUCUAAUUUGAGAAGACUCAAGGAUAUUGUUGCAACGAAUUCAGAAGUGCAGAAUCCUACUCGUGUUGAAGUUGCCCUAGCACUACUUCACAAAUGUGUAUUGAUGGCGAAUUUCAGAGAGUUCAAACCAUUUCUAUUGUCCAGUGUGAUGAAUAUACGCCCAACAUUGCCCCUAAUAAACACCAUUGGAAAUGCUACUUGCUUUUUUAGCUCAGCAACAACGACGGAAGAUGAGAUACAAGUGCCCCACGCCGUUGCUAGAGUACAGAAGGCUAAACAACAUCUCCGAGACAAGUUGAAGGAUACGAGUUCAGAUCAGAUAGCCUCGCAUGCACUUGAAUCAAUAAAAGCGGCUGCAAACUCAUCAUCUGAGAUCCUUUUUUGCAGUAGCUUGUGCAAUUUUGGAUUAUAUAAGACUGAUUUUGGAUGGGGUAAGCCCAUAAGAGUGACCUUACCAAGUCAUCCAAUGAAGAACAAUAUCAUUUUCUUGGAUGACCCAAGUGGACAAGGGAUAGAUGCACUUAUCACCUUGAAAGAAACUGAUAUGUUAAUAUUUCAGGUUAACAAAGAGCUCCUGGAAUUUGCUUCUCCACUCGUUCCUUCACCGGAAUUUGUUAAAAGCCGUCUUUAGCCAAAUUCAUGAUUAUGUGUGAACUUUAUAUCGCAAGUGUUUUUUUUUUUUUUUUUUGUUCAAGUAUUUUUUUUUCCCAAUUUAGUUGUUAUCAAUUUUUUUAUUUUUUUUUUGGCAUUCUGUUUUCCCUGAAGCUGAUGUUGUUAUUAAUCUGUAUGCAUACUUGUCUGCGCCGGGUUUUUAUAUCAAACUAAGUCAACUUAUUAUUAUUAACCAUAAUCAAGUGAUAGAAGUAUAUGCACAAACACGUCAUGCAUUUAUUCAUUUGAUAUAAACACCGGU